GUCAACGUCAAUCUUGCGAAGGCCGGGUGCAGGUGUCGGUGUGUCGCUAAUUAAUUAAGUUUUGGAGAUAUCUAGUAUUUUUCCAUUAUUUCAUAAAACUAUUCAAUCUUAGGGUAGAGGUUAGAGUUUACCAUGGAUAUGAAAUCUUUUUUACAUUCUUGGACAGCCAAAAAGGGCUUGAAUCCAAAUUUCGAUGUCAGGGCCACUGGUCCAAAACAUCGUCAGCGCUUCCUUUGCGAAGUGCGCGUAGAUGGCAUUGCGUAUGUCGGAGCUGGUAACUCGAUGACCAAGAAGGAGGCUCAGAUGAAUGCUUCCCGGGACUUUGUGAACUAUUUGGUCAGGUCAGGACAGGUGGCCGCGACUGAUGUUCCAGAGGAUGUCAAGGUCAAAACUGACCAGGAGAAGCCAGAAUCGUCUGGUAUUAGCGGAUUUGGAGGACAACAGCAGUAUCAAAGACCUGUAUUUCAGGAAGGCAUGGGACCUGAAAGCAUGGGUCCCGCCUACCAUGCUUAUGGAGGCCAUGACCAAAACUUCACGUACAUGGACCGUCUACAACAACAAAAGAAUGUAGAGGAAGCUGAGGACUUAGAUGUCAAUGCCAGUCUCCAUGGGAACUGGACAAUGGAAAAUGCCAAAUCGAAACUACAUCAGUUUUUACAAGUGAACAAAAUCAAUGCGGAUUAUGUUUAUAAGGCCAUCGGGCCGGAUCACACUCGGAGCUUCGGUUGCGAAAUGACAAUAUACGUGCGUCAACUGGGACGUAACAUCACGGGGCGGGAGUCGGCAUCCAAUAAGCAGACUGCGAGCAAAUCCUGCGCUCUGUCGCUCGUGAGACAGCUGUACCAUCUCGGGGUCAUUGAGGCCUUCAGCGGCACUCUGAAGAAGGAUCGCUCAGCCGAGGGUAUUAUGAAACCAUACCCGGUCGCCAUCAGUCCUGAACUUGAGCAGCAAAUUGAAGAAACGUUGCAGGAGCUAAACAUCCAGCCGAUAGACGUGAACACGGCCCGACCGGAAACGGAAGCCGAGGAUGGUAAAACAGUCGUGACGCUGCUACAGCUGGACAGAGUGAAGGCAAUGCGCGAGGCGAAGCAGGCGCCAUCUGGUGUUGUCUCCUGGUCGCCGCCGCAGCCUAACUGGAAUGCUUGGACUGGCUGUAAUAUUGAUGAAGGCCCACUCGCCUCGACUAGUUUGGAAGACAUAAGUUCUGACUUGGAGAAACACCAAAGAGAUACCUACCAAAAUAGUACUUUAUACCAGGAGAGCUUGCGUGAAAGGGAACAGUUGCCAGUGUUCGGCAUGAGGUCGACCAUAAUGCAAGCCAUCAACGACAAUCCUGUGGUCAUCAUCAGGGGCAACACUGGUUGCGGGAAGACCACCCAGGUGUGUCAAUUUAUCCUGGACGACUACAUAGGGAGUGGGCAAGGUGCCUGGGCCAACAUAUGCGUGACCCAGCCUCGUAGGAUCUCAGCUGUCAGUGUGGCCGAGAGAGUGGCCAAUGAGAGGUGUGAGGAGCUCGGCAAUAGUACCGGCUACUCCGUGCGUUUCGAAUCAGUGUUACCUCGGCCGUACGGCUCCAUCAUGUUCUGUACUGUGGGCGUGUUGCUAAGAAAGCUGGAAGGCGGCUUGAGAGGCGUCAGUCACGUCUUGGUGGAUGAGGUGCACGAGCGCGACGCGGACACGGACUUCGCGCUGAUCCUGCUGCGGGACAUGGUGCACACCUACCCCGAGCUGCGCGUGCUGCUCAUGUCCGCCACCGUCGACACCUCGCUGUUCUCGCACUACUUCGGCGACUGCCCCGUCAUUGAGGUGCCAGGUCGCACUUUCCCAGUGAAGCAAUACUUCUUAGAGGAUUGCAUUGAGUUGACAAAGUUCACGCCGCCGCCCGAUACCAGGAAACGGAAGUCUUCCGGCAAGAAGGCGAAUAAAGACAACGAUGAAGAUGAUGACGAUGAAGGUCUGGGGGCGGACGAGCAAGACGAAGACCUUAACAAAAACUGUCAGCUCGGGGCUGACUACAGCCCUGACACCGCGCAUGCGCUGGCGCAACUCUCGGAGAAAGAUCUAAGUUUCGAGCUGAUAGAAUCGAUUCUCCUCUACAUCGAUUCCCUGAAAAGUGACGGAGCAGUCCUAGUGUUUCUGCCCGGAUGGAAUCUGAUCUUCGCGUUGAUGAAGCACUUGACUAACAACAGGAUAUUCGGAGACACAUCCAGAUAUGUCAUCCUGCCCUUACACAGUCAGAUACCAAGGGAAGACCAGAAGAAAGUGUUUAUCACACCUCCACCUGGUAUUAUUAAGGUGAUCCUAUCAACGAACAUAGCAGAAACUUCGAUCACCAUCAACGACGUUGUCUAUGUCAUAGACUCGUGUAAAGCCAAGAUGAAACUAUUCACGUCACACAAUAACAUGACGUCAUACGCGACAGUUUGGGCCAGCAGGACCAAUCUUGAACAGCGCAAGGGGCGGGCGGGGCGCGUGCGCGCGGGCGUGUGCUUCACUCUGUGCUCGAGGGCGCGCCAUCGCCGGCUCGAGGAGCACCAGACCGCUGAAAUGUUUAGGACUCCGCUACACGAGUUGGCGCUCAGCAUCAAGCUCCUUCGCUUAGGCAGCAUAGGUCAUUUCCUGUCAAAGGCUCCGGAACCGCCGCCGCUGGACGCCGUCAUCGAGGCCGAAGCCUUACUGAGGGAGCUGGGCUGUUUAGACUCGCAGGCCAAUGACGCUUUGACUCCGUUAGGCACUAUACUCGCUAAGUUGCCUAUUGAACCUCGCCUCGGCAAAAUGAUGGUUCUCGGCUUCGUGCUGGGCGUGGGCGACGCCCUCACGACAAUGGCGGCGAACUCGACCACUUUCCCGGAGAUCUUCAUGCUGGAGGGGAGGCGGAGGCUGUCCAUGCACCAGAGGGCGCUGGCGGGCGACAGGGCGUCCGACCACGUCGCUAUGCUUAACGCUUUCCAGAUGUGGGAAAGAGAACACUCAAAGGGCGAAGACGCAGAGGUACAGUGGUGCGAGUGGAAGGGCGUGCAGCAAACUACGCUGCGCGUCACUUACGAAGCUAAACAUCAACUCGUCAACAUCCUGACGACCGCGAUAGGGUUCCCCGAAGAGUGUUGCGUGCCCCAGCGCUGGAACCCCAACGUGAGCGACCCCACGCUGGACUGCGUGAUAGCGCUCAUGUGCAUGGGGCUCUACCCCAACGUCUGCCUGCACCAGGGGAAGCGGAAGGUGCUGACAACGGAAGGCAAGCCGGCUUUAAUCCACAAGACAUCAGUCAACUGCAGCAAUCAGGAGCAGAAGUUUCCGUCUCCAUUUUUCGUGUUUGGUGAAAAAGUCCGAACUCGAGCGAUCUCCUGCAAACAGACCACUAUGGUGGCGCCACUGCAUCUGCUGUUGUUUGGAUGUAGGAAGGUCGAAUGGGUGGACAACGUAGUCCGAUUGGACAACUGGUUGAACUUUGACAUGUCUCCGCGCGCUGCUUCGCUCGUGCUGUCGCUGCGGCCCGCGCUGGAGACGUUGGUAGAGCGCGCCGCCGCACAACCUGACGCGGCUUUACAGUUCUCACCCACUGAGCAAAAGGUUCUAGGCUGCAUAAAAUCACUUUGCGUGGUGGAUGCCGGAGACUAUAACAUACAAAGGGAUGUCUCCACCCCGUCCUUCAGAUCUGAUGGCCCCAAACGGGGCAUGCGGGGCUGGGGCACCUCCGGACCUAGGGGUAGCUUUGGAGGAGAAAGAGGCGGCUUUGGUGGUGGAAGAGGUGGCUUUGGAGGUGGAAGAGGCGGGUUCGGAGGCAAUGGAAGUGGUUAUGGGGGAAAUGGAGGUGGCUUUGGGGGAAAUGGACGUGGCUUUGGGGGAAAUGGAGGUGGUUAUGGAGGUCGAGGCGGCUGGUUUAGAGGUGGAUAUGGGAGCGGCAAUGGCUACGGUAGAGGCGGGUUCGGCAAUAGAGGCCGCGGCCGUGGUAGCUGGUGAACAUUCUUUUAUUGAGGUGUAUGUGAUAAGUGAUUAAAAUAAAAAUUGACGAAAUAA